AUGGAUCAGAACCUCGACCCCAAUACCUUGAGGGAGUUGGAGAGAGAGUUGGGGACAGAGAUAUAUCCUGGAACGGAGAUUAUGACUGAUGUGGGGUCCCACCACUUCGUCAGAGCUGGCACUGGAGGGAAUUCAGUCCUCGUUCCUCAACCCUCGGAUGACAAGCAUGACCCUUUGAAUUGGAGCCCUAUGUGGAAGGGCUUCACGAUCUUCUGUGCGACUCUGGUCUCGUUCGCACAAGGGUUCGGUCCAUUGGCGCUGGCGCCUAUGUUUGGUGACUACAUCCAAGCUUUUGAUUCGAAUCUCGCAGAUGUUGUCCAGUUCACUGGGAUUGCGAUUCUAGUGCUUGGGUUUAGCAACUUCAUUUGGGUGCCAAUCCAGACCUGUUUUGGCAGACGUCCAGUCAUGAUCAUAUCCACUUUGAUUUGCUUCGGGAGUAGCAUCUGGAGAGCAAAGGCCAAUUCGUACAGCAGCUUCAUGGGUGCUUGCGUCUUGAACGGAAUUGGAGCCGGACCUGCAGAAACGAUUCAACCUACCAUCAUCGCAGAUGUGAUUUUCCUGCACGAUCGUGGGAAGCACAAUACAUUGUACUUCGCAGUAUACUUUGGAUCCCUCAUGGUCGGUCCCAUUAUCUCUGGUCCCAUGGCUGAGAACCUCGGGUGGAGGAGCUUUUGGUGGCUGAAUGCUGGACUCCUGGGAUUUGCUGCUGUCUGCUGCAUCUUCCUCUUCCCUGAAACAAAGUACCACCGCCCAUUCGUUCCAGUACAAAGCAUGGUGUCGACAUCUCCUGGUCUCAAGUCUGGAUCGAUGGAGGAAGUCGAGACUACUUUGCCUCAGCACCACCUGGGUACCUCGGCCACAGAUCACGCCGACCCAGAGAAAGCGGCGCCCGUUCAAUCCAACUCCCAAGUUGCAGGCUCUAAUCUCGGCCAUGCACUCACUCACGAAGACCCGUGGCUUGGCCGAGGCUCGCCUUCCAAACAGCAAUGGAAACUCAUGCAACCAUACGAAGGAAACUUCUUAUUGGAAUUGUGGAUGCCAUGGAAGCUUUUCGCGUUCCCGAUCGUCCAAUUCUCAUCCUUCGUCGUCUCGUGGACAGCAUCCUCUUUCCUUACGUUGAACUUAACGCAGUCUCAGGCUUUUGCUGCUCCGCCUUAUAAUUUCAGCAGUGCAAAGAUUGGGUUCUUCAACUUUGCGAUCUUGAUCGGUGCAUUCAUUGGCCUCUUCACAGCUGGUCCCCUGAGCGAUUUCAUUGCUGCCAGGUUGACGAAAAGGAACAACGGUAUCAGAGAGCCGGAAAUGAGAUUGUUGACUAUGGUCCCGUAUGUCAUCAUAAUGAUCAUCGGCAAUGUCGUUACUGCUAUUGGAUACGAGAAGGGUUGGAAUUGGAAGGUAAUCGUUGUCAUUGGAUACUCCUGUGCCGGUAUUCAAGUUGCAGCACUUCCCGCAAUAUCUUCAACAUAUUCCGUCGAUUCGUAUAAACCAGUCGCCGGUUCCAUCUUUGUUGCCAUCACGGUGAACAAGAACGUUUGGGGAUACGGCUUCUCGAAGUUCAUCACGCCAUGGAUCAUCAAGUCGGGAUAUAUCCCACCCAUUAUGACCAAUAUGGCCUUGAUAACCUUCUUCUGUUGCACCGGAAUCAUUUUCUGGUUCUAUGGAAAGACAUUCAGGAAGUGGACCAGAAAUUCCAAGGUACACAGCAUGUAA